UGAAAAAACAGCUAUAUGGGGGCAAGACGACGAUCCGCCACCGCCGCCGCGCCUACAGCAACACAGAGAAGGAGACCACGAAGGCGAGAUGGCGUCGUCGGCCUCUCUUGUGUCUUCGCUCACUGUGCCCCUCCUCUCCGCCGUUUUCGGCGGCGCCAUCGCCCUCCUCUUCCUCGCCGGCUAUCUCCGCCGCAAGCGCGCCGCCAUCGCCCACAUCCCUCCCUCCGCCGCCGCUGCCUCCCCGGACCAGCCCAAGCACGUACGCCCCUCCAACCAGGCCCAGCACAAGAAGGGCCACCUCCGCCACCACCACCACGCCGCCGAUAAGGAUGCUGCGAAGAAGCACCACCAUCUUGAUGUCAACACCUUGAGGGGGCAUACCGAUUCCGUCACUGCACUUCACUUCUCCAAUGAUGGCCACAACCUAGCCACCGUAUGUGCAGAUGGAGCGGUGAGAGUAUUCAGGAUCGAUGAUACCUCAAGCAAGAGCUUCAAGAUCCUGAGGAUAAACUUGCCUGCUGGGGCACAUCCUACUGCUGUUGCUUUCUCAGAGGGUUCAUCAUCUGUUGUUGUGGCAGCACAGGCUCUUCUGGGCUCAUCUCUCUAUAUGUAUGCAGAUGUUAGUGCUCCACCAACUGCAGAAAACAAGCAGCAGGGCAAGCUUUCUCCACCUGAGAUAAAGUGGAAUCACCACAAAAUUCAUGGCAAAGAGUCGGUGCUGAACUUUGCAGCGGCCCGUGCAACUUAUGGCUCCGGAGAUGGGAGCACUAUAAUUAUUUCGUGCUCAGAAGCAACUGAUAUCAAAGUUUGGCAUGGGAAGAGUGGAAAGGAGCUGGGUACUGUUGAUGCCAAUCAGUUAAAAAAUAAUAUGGCUGACAUAUCCCCAAAUGGUCGCUUCAUAGCUGCUGCAGCCUUUACUGCUGAUGUCAAGGUGUGGGAGAUAGUUUACUUGAAGGAUAGUUCAGUGAAGGAGGUUAAUAAAGUUAUGCAACUCAAGGGUCAUAAGAGUGCUGUUACUUGCUUAUGCUUUGCUCCAAGUUCUGAGCAGAUAAUUACUGCAUCCAAAGAUGGUUCCAUUCGAGUAUGGAACAUUAAUGUAAGGUAUCACCUCGAUGAGGAUCCAAAAACCUUGAGAAUUUUUGCAAUUCCACUGCAUGACUCAAAAGGCUCUGCUUGCCAGUAUGAUCACAUGAGCAUCUCUCCUGAUGGUAAAGUUCUGGCGGUAACAAGUGGAUCAACAUUGCAAUGGUUGUGUGCGGAAACUAGUGCAGUUUUGGAUACAGCCGAGAAAGCACAUGAAGGUGAUAUAACUGGUAUUGCUUGGGCUCCACGGACAAUUCCCAAUGGUGGCAUGCUUGCGUUUAUUUUAGCGACUGCUAGUGUGGACAAAAAGGUAAAACUUUGGUUAGCUCCAGAGGUUCGUUCAACAUGAGUGAUAGAGGAUUCAAUCCUGACCAUCCUCUAUAAGACAGCUUUCCCAAGGGCACAUAAAGAAGGGGGAAAAAGAGUGAUGAAGAAUUGAAGCUAGCUAGCUUAAAACAGGGGAAUGUCUUGCUUGAUAGUUGAUAUGCACUGAAGCAUAGUUUUGUUCCUUUGAGCUUGAGGGAUGGUUUUUGAGGUCUGACUGAUGACAGUCGUGAAACAUGGGGAGUGUCUGUGCAGACGGGCAUCCAUCCAUCCAUCCAUCCAUCAUGGCACUCUAGUUUCUCUUCUAUAUAGAUCGUGCCAACUUUUUGAAAUAAGCUGAGUGCUGUAUGUGUUUACUUUUAACUGGGAUUUGUUGUGUAAUCGCACUGAUUUGCGUGGCUGCUUCUUCGAAUGCUCGAGCCACUUCAUGUUUUUGUGGAUGCCAUAAUGGUCUCGUAAUGUUUGUUACCGUGUUA